AUGGUUCAUGUUGAUCAGUCACUCAACAUCUUCCAUCAGUACCUGCUUUCCAUUGAGCUGAACUCCACAGAUGUUACAGUUGUAGAAAAGCUGAGGAACAUCAGCAACACCAUCAGCAUGAACAGGAACUUACGAAUCUCUGAUGUUAACAUUACUACAGUCUGCUCUCCAAUCAGUGGUGAUUACCAGUGCAGAUGUGAGGAUCGAUAUCGUUUUCCAUGUGACCAGUGUGUAACAUAUAGACCAUGUGACAACAUCACUGGUGACACAUGUGGAUGCAUCAGUGGCAUUCCUGCUGGUGGACAGUACUGCCAGGCUGAGGAUCAAUACAACUUUACUGCAUGUCCAAUCACCACAACAACUCCACAACCAACAAUCUUCCAUCAGUACCUGCUUUCCAUUGAGCUGAACUCCACAGAUGUUACAGUUGUAGAAAAGCUGAGGAACAUCAACAACACCAUCAGCAUGAACAGGAAAUUACGAAUCUCUGAUGUUAACAUUACUACAGUCUGCUCUCCAAUCAGUGGUGAUUACCAGUGCAGAUGUGAGGAUCAAUAUCGUUUUCCAUGUGACCAGUGUGUAACAUAUGGAUCAUGUGACAACAUCACUGGUGACACAUGUGGAUGCAUCAGUGGCAUUCCUGCUGGUGGACAGUACUGCCAGGCUGAGGAUCAAUACAACUUUACUGCAUGUCCAAUCACCACAACAACUCCACAACCAACAAUCUUCCAUCAGUACCUGCUUUCCAUUGAGCUGAACUCCACAGAUGUUACAGUUGUAGAAAAGCUGAGGAACAUCAACAACACCAUCAGCAUGAACAGGAACUUACGAAUCUCUGCUGUUAACAUUACUACAGUCUGCUCUCCAAUCAGUGGUGAUUACCAGUGCAGAUGUGAGGAUCAAUAUCGUUUUCCAUGUGACCAGUGUGUAACAUAUAGACCAUGUGACAACAUCACUGGUGACACAUGUGGAUGCAUCAGUGGCAUUCCUGCUGGUGGACAGUACUGCCAGGCUGAGGAUCAAUACAACUUUACUGCAUGUCCAAUCACAACAACUCCACAACCAACAAGACCACCAGUCUUCCAUCAGUACCUGCUUUCCAUUGAGCUGAACUCCACAGAUGUUACAGUUGUAGAAAAGCUGAGGAACAUCAACAACACCAUCAGCAUGAACAGGAAAUUACGAAUCUCUGAUGUUAACAUUACUACAGUCUGCUCUCCAAUCAGUGGUGAUUACCAGUGCAGAUGUGAGGAUCAAUAUCGUUUUCCAUGUGACCAGUGUGUAACAUAUGGAUCAUGUGACAACAUCACUGGUGACACAUGUGGAUGCAUCAGUGGCAUUCCUGCUGGUGGACAGUACUGCCAGGCUGAGGAUCAAUACAACUUUACUGCAUGUCCAAUCACCACAACAACUCCACAACCAACAAUCUUCCAUCAGUACCUGCUUUCCAUUGAGCUGAACUCCACAGAUGUUACAGUUGUAGAAAAGCUGAGGAACAUCAACAACACCAUCAGCAUGAACAGGAACUUACGAAUCUCUGCUGUUAACAUUACUACAGUCUGCUCUCCAAUCAGUGGUGAUUACCAGUGCAGAUGUGAGGAUCAAUAUCGUUUUCCAUGUGACCAGUGUGUAACAUAUAGACCAUGUGACAACAUCACUGGUGACACAUGUGGAUGCAUCAGUGGCAUUCCUGCUGGUGGACAGUACUGCCAGGCUGAGGAUCAAUACAACUUUACUGCAUGUCCAAUCACAACAACUCCACAACCAACAAUCUUCCAUCAGUACCUGCUUUCCAUUGAGCUGAACUCCACAGAUGUUACAGUUGUAGAAAAGCUGAGGAACAUCAACAACACCAUCAGCAUGAACAGGAACUUACGAAUCUCUGCUGUUAACAUUACUACAGUCUGCUCUCCAAUCAGUGGUGAUUACCAGUGCAGAUGUGAGGAUCAAUAUCGUUUUCCAUGUGACCAGUGUGUAACAUAUAGACCAUGUGACAACAUCACUGGUGACACAUGUGGAUGCAUCAGUGGCAUUCCUGCUGGUGGACAGUACUGCCAGGCUGAGGAUCAAUACAACUUUACUGCAUGUCCAAUCACAACAACUCCACAACCAACAAGACCACCAGUCUUCCAUCAGUACCUGCUUUCCAUUGAGCUGAACUCCACAGAUGUUACAGUUGUAGAAAAGCUGAGGAACAUCAACAACACCAUCAGCAUGAACAGGAAAUUACGAAUCUCUGAUGUUAACAUUACUACAGUCUGCUCUCCAAUCAGUGGUGAUUACCAGUGCAGAUGUGAGGAUCAAUAUCGUUUUCCAUGUGACCAGUGUGUAACAUAUGGAUCAUGUGACAACAUCACUGGUGACACAUGUGGAUGCAUCAGUGGCAUUCCUGCUGGUGGACAGUACUGCCAGGCUGAGGAUCAAUACAACUUUACUGCAUGUCCAAUCACCACAACAACUCCACAACCAACAAUCUUCCAUCAGUACCUGCUUUCCAUUGAGCUGAACUCCACAGAUGUUACAGUUGUAGAAAAGCUGAGGAACAUCAACAACACCAUCAGCAUGAACAGGAACUUACGAAUCUCUGAUGUUAACAUUACUACAGUCUGCUCUCCAAUCAGUGGUGAUUACCAGUGCAGAUGUGAGGAUCAAUAUCGUUUUCCAUGUGACCAGUGUGUAACAUAUGGACCAUGUGACAACAUCACUGAUGACACAUGUGGAUGCAUCAGUGGCAUUCCUGCUGGUGGACAGUACUGCCAGGCUGAGGAUCAAUACAACUUUACUGCAUGUCCAAUCACAACAACUCCACAACCAACAAGUCCACCAGUCUUCCAUCAGUACCUGCUUUCCAUUGAGCUGAACUCCACAGAUGUUACAGUUGUAGAAAAGCUGAGGAACAUCAACAACACCAUCAGCAUGAACAGGAACUUACGAAUCUCUGAUGUUAACAUUACUACAGUCUGCUCUCCAAUCAGUGGUGAUUACCAGUGCAGAUGUGAGGAUCAAUAUCGUUUUCCAUGUGACCAGUGUGUAACAUAUGGAUCAUGUGACAACAUCACUGGUGACACAUGUGGAUGCAUCAGUGGCAUUCCUGCUGGUGGACAGUACUGCCAGGCUGAGGAUCAAUACAACUUUACUGCAUGUCCAAUCACCACAACAACUCCACAACCAACAAUCUUCCAUCAGUACCUGCUUUCCAUUGAGCUGAACUCCACAGAUGUUACUGUUGUAGAAAAGCUGAGGAAAAUCAACAACACCAUCAGCAUGAACAGGAACCUACGAAUCUCUGAUGUUAACAUUACUACAGUCUGCUCUCCAAUCAGUGGUGAUUACCAGUGCAGAUGUGAGGAUCAGUAUCGUUUUCCAUGUGACCAGUGUGUAACAUAUGGACCAUGUGACAAAAUCACUGAUGACACAUGUGGAUGCAUCAGUGGCAUUCCUGCUGGUGGACAGUACUGCCAGGCUGAGGAUCAAUACAACUUUACUGCAUGUACAAUCACCACAACAACUCCACAACCAACAAUCUUCCAUCAGUACCUGCUUUCCAUUGAGCUGAACUCCACAGAUGUUACAGUUGUAGAAAAGCUGAGGAACAUCAACAACACCAUCAGCAUGAACAGGAACUUACGAAUCUCUGAUGUUAACAUUACUACAGUCUGCUCUCCAAUCAGUGGUGAUUACCAGUGCAGAUGUGAGGAUCAAUAUCGUUUUCCAUGUGACCAGUGUGUAACAUAUGGAUCAUGUGACAACAUCACUGGUGACACAUGUGGAUGCAUCAGUGGCAUUCCUGCUGGUGGACAGUACUGCCAGGCUGAGGAUCAAUACAACUUUACUGCAUGUCCAAUCACAACAACUCCACAACCAACAAGUCCACCAGUCUUCCAUCAGUACCUGCUUUCCAUUGAGCUGAACUCCACAGAUGUUACAGUUGUAGAAAAGCUGAGGAACAUCAACAACACCAUCAGCAUGAACAGGAACUUACGAAUCUCUGAUGUUAACAUUACUACAGUCUGCUCUCCAAUCAGUGGUGAUUACCAGUGCAGAUGUGAGGAUCAAUAUCGUUUUCCAUGUGACCAGUGUGUAACAUAUGGAUCAUGUGACAACAUCACUGGUGACACAUGUGGAUGCAUCAGUGGCAUUCCUGCUGGUGGACAGUACUGCCAGGCUGAGGAUCAAUACAACUUUACUGCAUGUCCAAUCACCACAACAACUCCACCACCAACAAGUGCAACUGUGACCAUCCAGACCACAAACCCUGCCCCCACAACUACCACCGCUGCCCCCACAACUACCACCGCUGCCCCCACAACUACCACCGCUGCCCCCACAACUGCCAUCGCUGCCCCCACAACUACCAUCGCUGCCCCCACAACCACCACCGCUCCCCCCACAACUACCACCGCUGCCCCCACAACUACCACCGCUGCCCCCACGACUACCACCGCUGGCCCAACGACUACCACCGCUGCUCCCAUGACUACUACCGCUGCCCCAAUGACUACUACCGCUGCCCCAAUGACUACUACCACCGCUGCCCCCACGACUACCACCGCUGCCCCCACGACUACUACCGCUGCCCCAAUGACUACUACCACCGCUGCCCCAAUGACUACUACCACCGCUGCCCCCACGACUACCACCGCUGCCCCCACGACUACCACCGCUGCCCCCACGACUACUACCGCUGCCCCAAUGACUACUACUACCGCUGCCCCAAUGACUACUACCACUGCUGCCACCACGACUACCACCGCUGCCCCCACGACUACUACCGCUGCCCCCACGACUACUACCACUGCCCCCACGACUACCACCGCUGCCCCCACGACUACCACCACUGCCCCCACGACUACUACCGCUGCCCCAAUGACGACUACCACCGCUGCCCCCACUACUACCACCGCUGCCCCCAGUACUACCACCGCUGCCCCCACGACUACCACCGCUGCCCCCACGACUACCACCGCUGCCCCCAGUACUACCACCGCUGCCCCCAUGACUACCACCGCUGCCCCCAGUACUACCACCGCUGCCUCCACGACUACCACCGCUGCCUCCACGACUACCACCGCUGCUCCCACGACUAACACCGCUGCCCCAACGACUACCACCGCUGCCUCCACGACUACCACCGCUGUCCCCACGACUACCACCGCUGCCCCAACGACUACCACCGCUGUUCCCACGACUACCAUUGCUGCCCCCAUGACUACCCCCACAACUACCACCGCUGCCCCCACGACUACCACCGCUGCCUCCACGACUACCACCGCUGCCCCAACGACUACCACCGCUGCUCCCACGACUACCACCGCUGCUCCCACGACUACCACCGCUGCCCCAACGACUACCACCGCUGCCUCCACGACUACCACCGCUGUCCCCACGACUACCACCGCUGCCCCCACGACUACCACCGCUGCCCCCACGACUACUACCGCUGCCCCAAUGACUACUACUACCGCUGCCCCAAUGACUACUACCACUGCUGCCACCACGACUACCACCGCUGCCCCCACGACUACUACCGCUGCCCCCACGACUACUACCACUGCCCCCACGACUACCACCGCUGCCCCCACGACUACCACCACUGCCCCCACGACUACUACCGCUGCCCCAAUGACGACUACCACCGCUGCCCCCACUACUACCACCGCUGCCCCCAGUACUACCACCGCUGCCCCCACGACUACCACCGCUGCCCCCACGACUACCACCGCUGCCCCCAGUACUACCACCGCUGCCCCCAUGACUACCACCGCUGCCCCCAGUACUACCACCGCUGCCUCCACGACUACCACCGCUGCCUCCACGACUACCACCGCUGCUCCCACGACUAACACCGCUGCCCCAACGACUACCACCGCUGCCUCCACGACUACCACCGCUGUCCCCACGACUACCACCGCUGCCCCAACGACUACCACCGCUGUUCCCACGACUACCAUUGCUGCCCCCAUGACUACCCCCACAACUACCACCGCUGCCCCCACGACUACCACCGCUGCCUCCACGACUACCACCGCUGCCCCAACGACUACCACCGCUGCCCCAACGACUACCACCGCUGCUCCCACGACUACCACCGCUGCCCCAACGACUACCACCGCUGCCUCCACGACUACCACCGCUGUCCCCACGACUACCACCGCUGCCCCAACGACUACCACCGCUGUUCCCACGACUACCACCGCUGCCCCCAUGACUACCCCCACAACUACCACCGCUGCCCCCACGACUACCACCGCUGCCUCCACAACUACCACCGCUGCCCCCAUGACUACCACCGCUGCCCCCUCGACUACCACCGCUGCACCCUCGACUAAUACCACUGCUGCCCCCACGACUACCACCGCUGCCCCCUUAACUACCCCCACUGCCCCCACAACUAAUACCACUGCAGUCCCCACAACUAAUACCACCGCUGCCCCAACGACUAAUACCACUGCUGCCCCCACAACUACCACCGCUGCCCCCACAACUAAUACCACUGCUGCCCCCACAACUACCACCGCUGCCCCCACAACUACCCCCGCUGCCCCCACAACUAAUACCACUGCAGUCCCCACAACUAAUACCACCGCUGCCCCCACAACUACCCCCGCUGCCUCCACAACUACCACUGCAGUCCCCACAACUAAUACCACUGCUGUCCCCACAACUACCACCGCUGCCCCCACAACUACCCCCGCUGCCCCCACAACUAAUACCACUGCUGUCCCCACAACUACCACUGCUGCCCCCACAACUACAAUUGCUCCCCCCACAACUAAUACCACCGCUGCCCUCACAACUAAUACCACCGCUGCCCCCACAACUAAUACCACUGCUGCCCCCACAACUAAUACUACCGCUGCCCCCACAACUACCACCGCUGCCCCCACAACUAAUACCACCGCUGCCCCCACCACUACCACCGCUGCCCCCACAACUAAUACCACCGCUGCCCCCACAACUAAUACCACCGCUGCCCCCGCAACUACCACCGCUGCCCCCACAACUACCACCGCUGCCCCCACAACUAAUACCACCGCUGCCCCCACCACUACCACCGCUGCCCCCACAACUACCACUGCUGCCCCCACAACUACCACCGCUACCCCAACAACUAAAACCAUCGCUGCCCCCACAACUACCACCGCUCCCCCCAUAACUACCACCGCUGCCCCCAUAACUACCACCGCUGCCCCCACAACUACCACCGCUACCCCAACAACUACCACCGCUGCCCCCACAACUACCACUGCUACCCCCACAACUACCACCGCUGCCUCCACAACUACUACCUCCACAACUACUACCACUGCUGCUGCAGCAAUAGACAUGUCGGUUGAAUUGAAGAUGGAUUUUAUAGAGCAGUACAACGAUCUACACAGUCCUGAAUCCAUAACCCUUUCAGGAAGUAUCACUGUAUUGCUUGAGCAGCAGUAUCGCAAACUGGAUGGCUUCUUUAGUGUUUCCGUGACAAAAUUCAGGAAAGGAAGUGUUGUAACAGAUUUUACUGUCAAGGUCAAAUCUGGAUCACUUGAUGCAACUGCGCUGAAUUCAGUCAAUUCAAAUCUCCCGGCAGCAUUGAUAUCAAUUGCUCCUGUUAUUGGCUCAGUGACUGCAAAGUACUACAGUUCAACUCAACUUGGGUCAGAUGUAAAUAAGUUCAUUUAUACUGGUAAAACCAUGACACUGACAUGUGACCCUACCGAGGCCAAAAUGGGAAACACUAAGAAUCCUGUAUGGAAAUUUAACAAUGUUGUAAUCGGGUCACAUCGGCACAAACCGUUUAUUUCUGGAAGUCAGUACAGGCUGGCAGUGGAAAACGUUAUUCUUGGUGAUGCUGGGAAUUAUGAAUGCUCAGUGCAAGGAGACAAUAUUACUUUCAUCCAAGACAGAAAUGUGGGAACAAAUGAGAUCAGAUCAGCUCCUAAUGUGCGAGUCCAGCAAACAAUGUUGGCGAAAUGCAAAGAAGGACAAAAAGAACCAGUCGUCUGCUGUGUGCAGUCCCCUUAUACUGUCAGGUGGUAUGAUGGUUCAACGCUUUUAACUUCAGUUGCUGGUGCAGAUCCAGGCUGCAUCAAGUAUGAAUAUCCAAUGCAAAGCUGCAGUGCACAAACAAAACUAUUCACAUGUAAAGUUGCUGAAGACGAGACUUAUAGCGCAACAACAACCCUGACGAUUUUUACAGAUCCUAUUGUAUGUGACAAUGAUGUGUAUGGGUCUGGACGAACCGGUGACAAAGCAACCGCAAUGUGCCCUGUUGGCUUGGAGGGGCACAAGAGUGCAGUGUGUCAGGCAUCAGGAGAAUGGAAACUUGUGGAGGACUCCUGCAUUGUAACCAAGAUCAAUGAAUUACUUAUUAAUUCAGUGGAUCUGAAGGAAGAAGAGAUUCAGGUAUUUUCAACAAAUCUAAGUAAGGUUGUCACAGAAGAGGAGGGGGGAAUUUCAAAAUCUUCGGCAACAAUAUCAGCUAUUGUUAACAUAUUAAAUAUAAUCGCAGAGGUUUCAAAAGUGGUUACUAAAGACGUUAUGAAGAAUGUGCUAGCUACUGUCGAUGUCCUCAUUAGUGAUGAUGCAAAAGACUCCUGGAACUUUCUGAACUCAAAUGAAACCCAAAAUUCUAGCUCAGCACUUCUUGGCUCAAUGGAGACAAUCUCUAACAAACUGGAUGGAAAUUUUACUUUAAGUUCUCGACGUAUCCAGAUGGGCAGGUCCAAAUUUAGCAACUCUUUCAGUGAUGCCUUGACCUCCAAUGUCUCCAUAAACCUUCAAAAUACAGGCCUCAGUGACGUCUUUAUUACCACGAUUGUAUUCUCCACCCUCCACAACAUUAUGCCGUCACGGAAUUCUUCGUUUAACCUUACUGCGUCCGACACCACCAGCAAUGAAACUAAACCUGACAAUGCCAUCAAUGCUGCUGUCCUGCUUGUAAAAUUAAAUGAAAACAUUCAGAACGUCACUCUGAGCUAUCAAAAGUUCAAUACCACUCUGGAACUGAAUCCUCAGUGCGUCUUCUGGAAUUUUAGCCUCUUAGAUAAUCUUGGUGCCUGGGAUGACCAGGGCUGCAGGUUUGUUUCUGAUAUAAACGAUACUGUAACCUGCACCUGCAACCAUCUCACAUCGUUCUCAAUUCUUAUGUCAACUGCCAUCCCUGAAGAACUACGAUUAUUACUGGAUAUAAUGACAUAUAUCGGUGUUGGAAUAUCAAUGAUCAGCUUAAUUAUUUGUCUCAUCAUUGAAGGAAUUGUAUGGCGACCCCUUACCAAAAACAGCACUGCCUUUAUGCGCCAUGUUGCCAUUGUUAACACAGCCCUGUCCUUGCUGAUUGCUGACAUCUGUUUCAUCAUUGGAGCCGCUAUUUCAAAGAACCCUGCAGAAAACCCAGGCGAGGACUACAAAGUUCCAGUUGGACCGUGCAGUGCAGCCACCUUUUUCAUGCACUUUUUCUAUCUCGCCAUGUUCUUUUGGAUGCUUGUUUCAAGCCUGCUGCUCUUGUACCGGUCAGUCUUGGUCUUCUCCCAAAUGUCCAAAUGGACCAUGUUCGCCAUUGGCUUGACUGUGGGAUACGUUUGCCCUCUGAUCAUAGCUGUUACUACAGUUGCUGCCACUGCACCUGGGGGUGGAUAUGUAAGGGAAGAUCUAGCUUGUUGGCUAAACUGGACAAAGACCAAAGCCCUCCUGGCCUUAGUGAUCCCUGCCUUGGCCAUAGUUGUGUUCAAUAUUUUGGUCAUUCUGGUGGUUUUGUACAAGAUGCUCAGAAGACGAAGCACUGGAAACCAAGCCCAGGCAGAUGAGAAAAAUGCCCUGCUAGUCAUUCUAAGAUGUGUGGCUGUACUGACUCCGCUAUUCGGACUCACCUGGUGUUUGGGAAUUGGAACCAUGGUGGACCCAACAAAUGGAGGGAUCCAUGUUGCUUUUGCUUUCUUCAACUCAUUGCAGGGUUUCUUCAUUUUAGUGUUUGGGACGUUAUUCGAUGCCAAGAUCCGCUCUCUUGUUUUGCGACAAGUGCCUGCAUUAAGCUCUACUUCUAAUCGCACAAGGAGCACUAGUGCAGGAACUUCCUCCAGUAGAGCAGAAAACAUCAUAAACCGAAUUUUUCGGAGAAGGGGGGUGUACCAUGUUUCACAAGUUCCAAACACAAGCAGCAACACUGACUCCUCACAGUCAUACAGCAGUCUGCAGAUUUAAGCACUAAAUUCCUCUUUUUUGUUGUUAAUUUAUUUGUAAAUGCUGCUUUUUAAAGAUAAAAAAAAAUGGUUAUGAUGCUAUAAAUAGUCCAGCAUCAUAACCAUUGCACAAAGUUCCAUCCACAAACUUAUGAAGGAAGCUGAAAUAGUAUUUUAACACAGUGGCACAUCUCUUGUGCACUUUACUGCUGUUUCUGUCUUGAUAUUGUGAAGCCUACACCUUCACAGUCAGAAUGUAUGGGAGUUUUUACAGUGCAAUGUAGAGAGCUGAAAAGAAUAAAAUAAUAAUUUCCACAACCCUGAACUCUUCCACUAAUGUUACACAAGAUCAUUUCAUAGAUGAUUGAAAGAAAAGUUAUGUAAAAUAUGACAACGUAAAAACAGUCAUAUUAGGAAUUACAUUUAAAAUUAAAGCAAAGAUAUAAUGGUGCCGCUUUAGAAAAUGGAGUUAAAAAGAAGUAUCUUUUAAAAAUGUUGAAGGCUAAUUCAAAAGCUGAGUGAAAUGUUAAUCUCUACAGAAAUUCACGUAAAAUAUGGAUAUUGGUUUGAUUCCCCAUUCAAAGAUGUGGACAUUAGAUGAGUUGAAGAUGACUUGGGUGAUAACUAAGAACAUUUUAUCAGAACAGCUGCAGAUCCCAGAAGGUUGAAAAUAAAACAAUGAGAGUUAAUGAACUGAAGACUUAAUGAACAACAAAACUUGUUCCCUUUUAUCCCACACAGUGGAAUCUGGUGGGCAGUUGUAUCAAACGCUUGGCUCAGUGGUUGCAGUAAAUAAAGUUACUUUUCUUGUUUUCAGUUGGAUCAGGGUAUUUUCCUCAACCUCUUUUUUUAUUAUUUUAUGAAAACUAUAUAGCGCCUUUUUCUGUCAUGUUUAAAGGUAUAACUAACUUGCAGAGGUAUUUUUCUCAUAAUAUGUUAACAUGUCCUAAUGAAAAUUUGCUGUAGUUGCGUCUGCUUAAUAUUAUUCUGUGUUUUUUGUGGAAUUAUAAAUUAAACACUUUGUGAUACAACACAAAGGUCAUUAUAAUGUGUUUAUUUCAGUGUUUUCUGUCAUGUCACACAGAAAUGCUUCUUUAAAGCUGAUAUUUCUGUUAGAACUAACAACCCAUUUAUUAAGGCACAACUGUCAAAAACAUACUAUAAAUUAGGCUCGUCAUUUUAAUAAGUACUAAAAUAACUAUUAAAUCAUGACAGUGUGAAAGUCAUUUUGUUGUAAUUUAAAAUAUAUCUCAAGAGUGAGGGACAACUGUCCUAACUGAGGUUUAAAAGUUAUUUGCUAAUCAUUUUUAUGCCAAAUUCAAAACUGUGUCUUUCCCCUGUUAAUCUUAUGUUUUAAUUACCUGUGUUGGCAAAAAUUGCUCAAUUGUUUUGCUGCAGUAGUUUUUUUUGUUUUGCUGUUGUGUAAAUAGUCCACCCUUACAUGACCAAACGAAUGUUGGUGCUUUCAUUUCAUCAACACAAAGUAAUUUACUUAUUUUAAGCUUUUGAAUAAAAGUGACCAAGUUUGACAGACAUUCACACUCAGGUUGUUUCCACUCACACAUAUUUCCAUGAUUGUUUCUUUCCAGUUUUGGAAAAAGUUGUUGUCAUUUUCA